UUACCGUUAUUAUGUUCAUCUGGUGCUGCAGCUUCGUGCAAUCACGAAAAAAAGGAUUAAAAAUCGGGGGAAACCGGAAAAUCAGUAGCUGCCGAUAAGAUUUUAUGAGAGCAGAGUCCACGAAGAGUAAACACACACAUGCACGCAUCCUGACCGGGUUGUGUAACCACGAAUCUGCCAAAUAAGGACCAUAAAGUGGAGCCAUGCUGAUACAGAGCCCACCAUAAACUCCCGUUGUAUAACAGCACAUGCUUUGCACGAAAUCCCGUGUGUAUUUAAAUAUGCGACCGCGCACGCAUCCUAUAGCAGACCCAGGAUACAGGCUUUAGCUUUAUUUGCAUAUGAGAGCAAACCUACGAUUGAAUCCCUCCUAUAUCCUGAGCACGUGCCAUCCGCGACCUAUUUAGACGACAUAGUGUGAAGUUGAAGGUCUCGCGCUACCACUCAGUCUCAGACAAUACUGCAGUGCGCGUGCGGUUCUCUAAAAGCGCGCGCUCCGGUGCCCGUUAUGGUUUUAUAAAGAUUUACGGAAGAGCGCGAGGAGCUAGCUGCACGAGCCGUUUACAUCUGUCAGGAUGCCAGAAAACAGAAACAUGGAUGGUGUGAAGGGAGGAGUGUGUGGGGCUACAGUAAGCUUCCACAACAUCCACUACAGCGUCAGCAGCAGGACUGGGAUGCUCUGCAAACAGAAGAAGACCUGUAAAAACAUCCUCAUCGACCUCAAUGGAAUUAUGAAGCCUGGAAUGAACGCCAUAUUAGGAGCCACCGGGAGCGGAAAAUCCUCUUUUUUGGAUGUGUUGGCAGCGAGGAAAGAUCCAAAAGGACUGACUGGAGAGGUGCUGAUAGACGGAGCACCACAGCCCCCCAACUUUAAAUGUCUGUCUGGAUAUGUAGUACAGGAUGAUGUGGUGAUGGGAACACUAACAGUGAGGGAGAAUCUGCGCUUCUCAGCAGCACUGAGGCUUCCGAUGUCUAUCAGCCAGAAGGAGAAGGAGGAGAAAGUGGAGCGACUCAUUGACGAGCUCGGGCUGACUAAAGUAGCUGACUCACGGGUGGGCACACAGUUGAUUCGUGGCAUUUCUGGAGGUGAGAGAAAGAGGACCAACAUCGGCAUGGAACUUAUUAUCGAUCCAUCUGUCCUCUUCCUGGACGAGCCGACGACUGGUCUGGACGCAAGCACGGCUAACUCUGUACUGUCACUGCUGAAGAGGAUGUCGAAUCAUGGUCGGACCAUCAUCCUGUCCAUCCACCAGCCGCGUUACUCCAUUUACCGGCUGUUCGACACACUCACCCUGCUGGUGGCAGGCAGACAGGUUUACCACGGGCCUGCUCAGAGCGCACUGGACUACUUCAGCGACAUUGGCUUCACCUGUGAACCGCAUAACAACCCCGCUGAUUUCUUCCUGGAUGUCAUUAAUGGAGAUUAUACUGCACUGUCUCAAAACAUACCAAAGGAUAAUGCAGAGGUGGAUCAUAAGCAAUAUGCAUCGUCCCGUCAGAACAUCGAGGACCGUCUGGUGCAGGAGUACAAGCAGUGGUCUUACUACCAGCAGACCAAAGACGAGCUGGAGGAAAUCACACAGGGACGCAAGUACGACAACCGGCCCAAAUCACGCACCAUCACCUACAACACGUCCUUCUGCCACCAGUUCAAAUGGGUGCUGAAGAGGACGUUCCGCAACCUGAUGCUCAACCCACAGACCUCCUUCGCUCAGGUCGGCGUGACUCUUUUCUUAGCUCUGAUUGUCGGUGCCAUCUUUUUCAAUGUGCCAGACGAUACAAGUGGAAUCCAGAACAGGAUGGGCGCCUUGUUCUUCAUCACCACCAACCAGUGUUUUGGCUCGCUGUCCUCUGCUGAACUCUUCAUCACAGAACGCAAGCUCUUCCUACACGAGUAUGUUAGCGGUUAUUACAGAGUGUCUGUGUACUUCCUCUGUAAGCUGCUCUCGGAUAUUCUCACACUGCGCACUGUUCCAGCCAUCAUCUUCAGCUCAGUGGCCUACUGGAUGAUUGGGUUCAAAAGGGCUGUUGGGUCAUUUUUUUUCUUCAUGUUCACCGUCGCCAUGACUGCAUACACAGCGACAUCCAUGGUGAUGGCCAUCUCUGCUGAUCAGAACGUGGUGGCCAUCGCCAACAUCUACAUGACCAUCACCUUCGUGUUCAUGAUGAUUUUCUCGGGAUUGUUGGUGAAUUUGCCGAGCAUUGCUGACUGGCUGAACUGGUUAAAAUACUUCAGCAUUCCACGCUAUGGCCUUACUGGUCUCCUGGUGAAUGAGUUUGUUGGGCUGGAAUUCUGUGACCCUCUUCCGACUCUGCAACCUGUCUUCAAUAUCAGUGCAGCCUCCAACUGUUCCAUUCGUAUGUCUGGAGAUGAAUAUCUGACGAAGCAGGGCAUCGAUUACUCCACCUGGGGCAUGUGGCAGAACAACGUGGCACUGGGCUGCAUGGUCAUCAUAUUCCUGAGCAUUGCAUACCUGAAACUGCUCUUAAUUAAGAAAUUUACAUAGAUACACACACACACACACACACACACACACACACACACACACACACAAGCUGCUUUGGGCUUUGAGUCCCACUUGAGCUGUUUAAAUUACACAAAUGUUUCCUCCCUUUAUAGUAUUCAGCACUUAUACUUCGCUCUGCCUCCUGACUGGCUCCUCCCCCUCAUUACUGCCUUCUUUUCCUUAAAUCUUUUCUUAUUUAUCAAAAUUUACUUAAUCAUGCCUCUUCCCAGUCUUCUCAGGUUCUUUACAAGUUCUUGUUUGAACAUAUUUCAUGGCUAUACAACUUUUCCUGAUAUUUCUGCACUUUUCAGUUGGUUUUUUAUUCUUGUUCUCUGUUUUUGUCCUGCACAUCAUAUAUACAUAUAAACACUGCAUUUUUGUAUAUAGUUUUGUUCACACAACCAAUUUUUAGAGUUUAAUUCCAACUUAGAUCUGCCUCUGAUAAUUAAAGCACUCUAACAAAGCUUCAAUCCCAUCGAACAAAACUGAACACUAUGGAGUAUUCGAGCCAGUUGUGUUUGAAUGGGAAUUAAACUCUGAAGGCUACAAAAGCAUUAUGUGGAAAAAGAAAAAAAAAAGCCUAACACUUUAUAUUAAUGGACCCUUACAGUUAUAAAUGUAAAAAAAUAAUGUAGUUUUGUUAACAAUUGUAAUAAAAGUUUUUUUUUUUUUGGA